UCGUAGGUUUUUUGUGAACCAACACAACAAACAACAAGAAAUUAAAAGAUUACAUGAAGUUUUUAAUAGGACUGGAACGUGGAUGUUUAUAAUGAAAGUUGUUAUUGUUUGUUCAGGAAUAAUACAGGCGAUAACAUUAUUCUUUCUGUAAGACUGUUUGAAACCUGUGUCUGGGAAUUUCUUUUUCAUUUGUGUUUGGACAGGUUAUGAGAAAUGAAGCUAUCAAUGAACCAGAGGUACUGGUAACAUCAUUUUAGCACCACAUCGUUGUUGACAGAAGCAAAAUGUCGGCUGGAGAUGAUAAAGGACCGUCCGUGGAUGUGGGCGUAACACGCAGCGCUGUCAAAGAUAAAGCAGCCAUGUUUGGAGCCACGAAGCCAGCCGUGGUGAACAGGCCUGGCAAAUCGGUCCUCAACAGGUUUCCACAGGCCAUGGCAAACGAUGAUAACAACGAAGCAAGCAAAACCACACCCGGUUACCGUGGUGUUAACAAGUUCCAGGCAUCACCACCGGGAGUUGCUCCAAAGACUUCCCAGAGUGCAGAAAAGAAACCUCCACCUGUCUUCAAUAAGACUUCACCUGCUAUAGCUAACAAACCUGUUUCGAAUAAUUCAACAUCAUCAUUUGCUAAUAAGUUAACACCCAUUUCUAACAGUUCAACACCUCCUGUUGCUAACAAGCCAACACCUUCUGUGGCGAAUAAGUUCACCCCCCCUGUUGCUAACAAGUCACCCCCUUCCACUGCAAUCAAGACUACGACAGGUUUGGCCAACAAAAAGGUAUGGACUCCACCAAAUAAAACAGUUGAGGAUCAUAACCACAAUGUCAAAGGUGUAGCAGACACAAACAAAACUUUUCAGAGUAAGACAUCAGGUCCUCAAAGCAACAGUAACACUUUCUCUGGGAGUAAAAGGGUGACCAGCGUAUCGUCAUUUCAAGACAAGACAAACACUUCCACUGAUUCCGACAACCGCAGGUCAUCUUCAGAUGGUACGCUCAAAGAGCUUGAUAAUGACAAAAAUGGCAACCUUCCAGAAAGCAAUGAAAUUCUGAGUAACCUAAGAAAUCAGCUCCGGGCAUCAAAGACUCGCAAUAGAUCUGCUGACCCAGGUAAGGUUGUUCUUCAAAGCAACAGACAGCGAGCAUCUGAUGACGUAGCUCCUGUUGGUUCACCACCACAAACAGGAGAACUUCCUGCUAACAGCAACAAGACCACAAGUCCAACAGAGAUUCUUAGAAAGACGAACACAAAGAAAAGGAUUUCAGUAGUAGCCAAUAUCAAAAGCAGACUUAGUGAUGAAAAAAAGUUUAAACUGAUCAGCAAAGGAACAUUGAUAUCAAGUCAUGAUGCCCCCAACAAGCCCCGCAGACCUGCUGAUAUUGAUAUCAGUAAGAUUGUACAGGAGUACGAAGCAGCUGUCAAAGAAUUGCUUGAGGAAGAGGAAGACCUAUAUGAUGACGUGGAAAGCUUUGCCCGUGGUUCCUGUCUCGCAAAUCGCGUCUCAUUCAUACCGGACAUGACGGAAGAAGAAGAAUUGGGAUCAGACCAGACGAGUGGUUCGGGAUCAAUAUCAGCAUCAGGCUCUGGUGGUGGUUUCAAGCAGAUACUAGAUGACACACCAGUUGUGGAAGGUGAAAUGGAAGACGUGUAUGAAGAAUUUAUUGAAGACAUGCUGGAUUCUCCGUCAGCAGCAGAAUUGAAAGAAAAGGAAAAGGCAGCAAAUGAGAAGGAAGAAAAAGAAAGACAGAAACGUGAAAAAGAAGAGAAGAAGAAGAAAGAAGCAGCUCGAAAGGAACAAGAGAAGAAAGAAAAAGCUGAAAAAGCUCGGCAAGAAAAGGAGAGGUUAGCUAAGGAGAAGAAAGAAAAGGAGAAAAAGGAAAAGGAAGAGAAAGAGAAAGAGAAAAAGAAAAAGCUUAAGAGUGAAUCGGCUGAUGAAACCAGCACCAAGGGAAGCACUAAUGGAGAAGCCGCCCCUGGAGAAGAGGAGUAUGAUGAUUGUUCUGCAAUGGUGGAUGGCGUGAUGGAAGAGGAAUAUGCAGAUGUUGACGAUUUCGUUUCCAGUUCUAGUACUUCAUCUUUGCAAACUACAGACAAAGCAAAAGAAGAGAAAGCAAAACGUGAUAAAGAGGACAAAGAAGAAAAAAAGAAGAAAGAAGCAGCUCGCAAAGAGGAAGAAAGAAAGAAAAAAGAAAAGCAGAAAGAAGAAAAGGAAAAGUUAGCCAAAGAGAAAAAAGAAAAGGAGAAAAAAGAGAAGGAAGAAAGAGACUUGAAGAAAAAAUUUAAGAUAACUGGAACAGAGGAGAAAAUGAGCAGUGGGGUUAUCCUUGAAGAUGUAAAGGGAGGUAGACAUGACCUGGCUGUAAGUAAAGGAGAUCUAGUUGAUAUUAUGCGGAUGGACAGCAAUCCAACAGGAAAGUUCUUAGUCAAGUCAGAAGACAAUAGAUGGGGAUAUGUAGAAUCCAGCAACAUCCAAAUAGAUACAGAUUGCAUUAAAGAGAUGACAAGUGCAGCUGUACAUGUCAUGAAUAGUAGUGAAACCUAUGUGAACGUAGAAUCACCAAUCACUGAAUCGGGAUCAGCCAAAAUUUCUGAUGAAGAAUCAUCAAUCCAAGAGGAAGUGUACGAAGACUGCUCAUGACAAAACAACUGCUCAGUUACAUUCAAGAAAUACUUUUCCAGUUAUAUACUGGAAUAUAAUGGAGAGUUCCACUGCUUACAAAGACUACAGUACAAUUAUGUGUUCACGCAAGACAAUGUACCACGAUUCCAUUGUUCUUUCUGAUCAUUCCAUUCAUAAAGAAACAUACUUCUUAAACCUGUGUAAAGAUUCUUUACCAUUCAAUUUUUUCCUUGACUGUGAUGUUAACAAUGUUGAUACAAGAAUGUUUAAUGCCCAAGGUUGGCACCAGAAAUGUAUAUCCUAGAAACUUUUGAUGAGACAUUUUGGUCUUCUAGUUGAUGACUUGGUUUAUCUAAAAGUAGCACCAACCAUUGAUACGACAAAGUAAAUAAGCCAUUUACUUUUCUCGUUUUGUUGCCUAAUUCAUUUCUUGGUAUAGACUAAGGUAUCUGUUUGUUUUGUUUUGUUUUGUUUUAUUUCUAUUUGUUGUUUGUUUGUUUUGUUUAAUGAAGAACUUCUCCAGUGCUAUAUUUAUGUAGGGUGAUUUAGUUCUGAAAUUAAAACUGAUCAAAUCAAAGAUGUUUUGUAGAUCUAUGUACAAUUAACAUGUAAAUGUCACUGCAUAAUAUAAGUAUUAAUAGGAGACAGGGCACAGCCCUGGGAAUGAGAAAUGGCUAAGUUUAAUAUAAGUAUUACAAGGAGAUGGGACAUUACCUGGAAAAUAAGAUAUUACCAGAGAAGUAGGGCAUUUACCUGUGGAACAGGACGUAACUGAGUGUAACCUGGUAACAUUGUACAAAAGAAGUGCCAUAUGAUUUUAACAGUGUUCAUCAUGAGAAAGUCUCAUAUUUGUUAUCAUUGUUGUUUAGUGUCUUUUGCAGACAUUUUAUUUUAUGUAUGUACUCCUAACAUCACCUUAUUUAUCAAUGACUCAUAACCUAGUUUUAGUCUCAACAGUGAACUUAAUGGCUUUAGUUGCACAUGUUCUGUGAUGUAAAAAAACCCAAUUGUUACAGAUAGUACAAAUGUGUUUACUGUAUUUUUCUAUUCUGUGACUUUGGUCAAAUGAGCACAAAAAGGAUGAGAUUUUGAAGCAUAAACAUUUUAAGAUAAA